UGCGCGUUGGCGGUCGCGGGUCGCGGCCUCCUGAAGAUGCAGAGGAAGUUGCAUCAGGGGAAGAUGCAGCGAAGCCCCGGGUGAAGCCGGCUCUGGCACCGGCACCGGCACUGGCACCGGCACAGGCACUGGCACUGGGUGAGGGCUGCACUGGUGUAAUUUUGACUGCUAUGGCGGUAGAUGGGAGAUUCUCCACCUUUAAGGAGUUCAGUCCACUGUAUUACUUGCUUAACGCGAUUCCAGCAAAAGUUCAGAAAGGAUUUAGAAAUGUGGCUGUACAUCUCACGGCCCUCGAUGCCAAUAAGGACUUCAUUGCGGUGGGCACCAACAUCGGCAUGCUUUACCUCUACUCCAGGCGGAUGAACAAGAUGACUAAAUAUAAUUUAGAGGGCAAGACUGAGGUUAUUAAAGUGGUGAAGCUGUUGGCCUGCUUUGAUGACCUGGUUGCCGUUGGGACAGCCUCAGGGAGAGUGACGCUUUUCCAGCUGGUUUCCCACUUGCCUGGUAGAAACAAGCAGUUGCGCCGAUUUGAUGUUGUGGGGAUUCACAAAAGUAACAUUACAGCUUUAGCUUGGAGCAGCAAUGGAAUGAAACUCUUCUCUGGGGAUGAGCUGGGUAAAGUUGUCUAUGCUGCUGUGGACCUGGAUCAGGGUAUUUGUAGUCCUACAGUGAUAUUAGAAGAUGCAUCUUCUAUUGUACAGUUGGACUACACGCAGAAAAUUCUUCUUGUUUCAACUUGCCUGCGCUCCAUCCUUAUAUAUACUGAGCAAAAUGUUAUCAGGCAGGUUGGAACACAGCCAAGGAAAAUUGCUGGCAGAUUUGGAGCAUGUUUCAUUCCAGGCCUCUGCAAACAAACUGAUAUCAAUCUGUAUGCUUCAAGACCGGGGCUUCGACUGUGGAAAUCUGACGUACACGGAGCUGUUCAGUCAACCCUCAUUUUAAAAAGUAUAUUUACCAGUGGUGUGAAACCUUUUGAGUUGUUUCCACGACCGAGGUUGACAACUAACCUCAAAGGCGCACAGGCCUCAGAGAGAAACCUCGGCCUGUUGAAGUGCUGCUUACGUGACGGAUGGGUACUGAGCUGGAAUGAGGCUAGUAUUUAUGUGAUUGAUGCAGUUAAUCAGGCUCUAAUUGGUGGACUGGAGGGGUUCAGUAGUAUUAUAUCUGUUUCCUGUACAGAAGAUGAGAUUUUCAUGUUGACCCACGACCGUGAUAUCAUUCGGAUUUCCAGCAAGCCAGAAGGCUUGAUAGCCGGUGUAAAGUCACAAUCCCUGCUGACAACCACCUGCAGUGAAUCAGUUCAAGAAAGAAUGAGCUCAACCGACUCGAGGGAUGUGCAAAAUGAUGAUAAGACUUCAGGAAGUGUUAGUUUUGAGAUGCGGAAGUCGUCAUCCUCUGAGCCUGAGCACUGGCAGAGUAUUGAACAUGAUGGUGGGGGGGGACAAGCAUGGGAUGAGACGGGGGAAAGAAGAGGCUCUUUGGCCAGUGAGCCCAGGAGCAGAAGUAGUUCCCUUAAUAGUAGUAUCAGUGUUUUCAGCCACGUAACCACUCCAGAACAGCAGGUUGGAGCACUGUCCUCGCCUGUGUUGUUAUCAAAGGUUCCAGAGACUUCGGAGAGAUUCGGGGCAAUGAACGUGGAAGAUUUCAACCAACAGUUGGUCGUUGUCUCGGUGAAAAAGAAGAAGAAACGGAAACAAGCAAGUUUGGCAUCGGAAAACAGCAGCCAGGUGAAACAUGAAACUGACUUUUCCAACAGCUCUGUGUGUUCAGAGCCAGCACUUCUGAGUGACUUUGCCAUCGAUAGUUCUGUGACCACAACGUGCGACCUGUCAGAGCAGCUGAGCUUGUUGAGCAGCAGCCUGGACCACUUGGCCUCGGACUCUCCUGAACGGGAGAGCCAGAUUAGUACCGACUCCAACAACAUGCUGCAGGAGCUGGACACUUGCCUCUGUGUGGAUGCCACACAGCCUCCUGUACCUACUCCACACCCUCUCCCCUCACACAGUUCACCAGAAUCUUUGCGGGAAUCCAACUUGACAAAUGAAGAUCUUUGUUCUUCCGACCAUCCAAGGUUUACAGAAUGCUCAGAUCCUGUAUCUUCUGUUAAGUUACUAAACUCCUGUGAUGAAAAAGAUGAGCACUCGGACAAGGUUUCAUUGUUCAAUUGUUGUGAACCGGUCACGAGCCUGCAGAGAAGUGCAGUUGGCACCGUGAUUGAUGAAACCUAUGACAGUGACCCCUUAGCAUUAAGAUCUCAAACUCCGCAAAAUGCAGUCUUGACUUGCACCCUGAGUUUGCACGAAUCGCUAAGGGAAAGCUCGGAGACGUAUUUGGAUGAGCGUCACGCUCUGCUGAUGAGGAUUCUUUCACCAGAUAUAGAUGUGAACAAACAAGAAGCCAAAGAGUUUUCGCAGCUUUAUGUUUCAUACAACGAGCCGCAUUUACCUGGGACGGCUGAGGGUGCAGGGAGAAUGGAAACAGUGGGCUCUGGUGACAGUGGUAGCUGGAAAAGAGAGAAUGCCCCAGAGCCAUGUUUGUCAUCCAGUGAUGAGGAUGAUAUUUAUGGCCGUGCCGUUUCUCACUCAGUGUCUGAAACCAGCAUGGCUGAACUCCUACACAGUCGCACCACAGCAGAAUCGCUGGGCCUAGUCUCCCAGGACUUGAAAAACUCUGCCGAUGAAAUGGAACUUUUAAAGUCUGAUCAGUUUGCUGAGAGCUGGAUGGGUUACUCUGGCCCUGGGUAUAAUAUGCUUAGUUUGGUGGUCUCUGAAAAGCAUAUCUGGUGUUUGGACUGUAAGGGUGGUCUGUACUGUAGCCCUUUCUUCAGUACAGGUCUGCGGUGGCAGAAGUUUGAAGAUGGUGUCCAGCAGGUGGCAGUGUCACCCUCAGGUGUGUUACUGUGGAAAAUUGAACAAAAAUCGAGCAAAGCAUAUGCCUGUGGCAAAGUGACAAUGAAGGGGAAGAGACAUUGGUACGAGGCCUUGCCCAACGCUGCUUAUGUUGCCUUAAGUGAUGACGCUGCCUGGAUCAUUCAAACCAACGGCGAGCUCUAUUUGCAAACAGGCCUCAGUGCAGAUCGUCCCUGUGCCAGAGCAGUGAGGGUGGAUUGCCCUUGCCCUUUGAUGCAAAUAAUCUCCAGGAAUAACGUGGUCUGGGCACUAACGGAACAGCGAACGGUUCUCUACAGAAAAGGCAUCAGCAGCUUCUGCCCAGAAGGAGAACAGUGGAUGCCUGACGUUGUAAGUGAAAGACAAAUGCUGGAGUUGGUGUGUAUAGCACUGGGAGGCAAGCAGACGGUCUGGGCUUUAGACUCAAAUGGCAACCUUUGGUUCCGCACUGGCAUAUCGUCCAAGAAACCACAAGGUGAAGAUGACCACUGGUGGCAGGUGAGCAUUACGGAUUACGUGGUCUUCGAUCAGUGCAACAUCUUCCAGGCGAUAAUUCAAGCCACGCAGACUGUGGCUACAGUUGCUCAGGCACCAGUGGAGAAAGUGGCAGACAAACUGCGAGGUGUCUUAUGGUCACAACAGUCUCUGUCUCAGCCAAGUCUCAUCAGUGUCAACGGCUGUGGCGUGUGGAUUAUAUCGGGCAAAAACGAGUUCCACGUAGCCAAAGGAAACCUGUUAGCUACAUACUGGAAGUCGAUAGUACCACGAGGAACAGUAUCAGCUACAAAAUGGGCUUUUGUUGUGGCUUCCAUGGCCCCUACUAAAAAAGGAAGUGUUCUGUGGCUGGGACAAAGCCAUAAAGAUCUGUUCUGCGUCGCUGAUGGGAACCCUGAGUUCCGGCCCUCUACUGUACAGCUGCCUCCAGAUGUGGAGAUGAUGCAGAUUGUUGCCAAUCAUGACGCUGUAUGGGGUCUCGACACCAGGGGCAGGAUUCAUAUCAGGACCUUGUCAGAAAACUGCCCCAGCGGCAUGCACUGGUCUAAACUGGACCUGGCACAGCUAGGAAGCAUCAAGCUAGCAAGCUUGGCGUGUGGAGGUCAGCACGUGUGGGCUUGUGAUUUUGACGGCGUUAUUUAUUUCCGUGUCGGUACACAACCGUUAAACCCCAGCAUGAUGCUGCCCGCUUGGAUAACCAUUGACUCACCAGAACAGCCUUUAGGAACACAGCUGUACAAUGUAUAUUGUAGCUCCAAUGAUCAGAUGCUUUGGGCCAUUGAUAAUCGUGGAAAUGUGCACGUACGAAUUGGAAUAACGGAGGCAAUGCCUGUAGGCACUGAUUGGGAGCAUGUUCCAGGUUUGCAGGCAAGUCAAUUAGCAGUGAGCAACCGAACAGUUUGGGUACGUUGUUCUAAUGGAGAUGUGGCACGUCGUUAUGGCAUAACAAGCAAAAAUCCUCCUGGUGAUUAUUGGAAAAAGAUUCCUGGCAAUGUGGCUUGCAUAACAAUAACUCCUCAAGAUGAACUGUGGGGCAUCAGUAAUGGAGGUUCUCUCCUUCAAAGACUAACCAAGAAUUUUAGCCACACUGAUUCACUGGUUAACCACAACCGUAAUGUUGCUUUGGGGCCAUGCGAUGACUUUGAUGAUGAGUGGGAGAUUAUCUGACCAUUGGAAGCAUAGCUUUUUGCAGCAUUGAGGCCAUUUAAUCAAGCAAUUUAGAUCACUUUUUUUUGUACACAAUGUUAAAACUAUUAGGGAUAAAAAUUGCAUUCAGUUGAAGUUUUCUAAGUUAUCAAUGUUAUAAUUGAUAUGUUAUAAUUGAUAUGGCUUUGUGAUUCUGCCGGUAUCGAUAUAUAUAUAAAUCACUACACUAUUGAAUAGGGACUGACUGCUUGGUAUCCUAUCUUCAAUUGGACAAUUAAUGCCAGAGUAUGCUCCGAUAGAAUAUAUAUUUGGACUGCCUUGUGCCAAUCAUUUAACAAUCCACAUAAAUAGCUCUGAUGUGUUGCUUUCCUGCAGCUGUUUGACAUACCCUCAUACUUGAAAGGUUUGUGUGCAGUUUUGUUGAUUUAUAUGACCAUGAAUAAAGCACGAUAAUUUUGUCAGAGUUUGAUCUGCACCCAAGUUGCAGCUGUAUGGAAAGCAUGUGUAUUUCCAUGACCUUCAAUUCAAAACCUGCAAUUCAACUUAAUUUCUAUGACUGGAAGCCAGCAGUCUCCGAUUUUAAACACUUACUCUAUCAUGGAUUUUAUUAAGUAAACUGUACAAUAUACUUGUACAAUAGUGUAGAUAAUUUAGAACAGUUUUAUGUUAUUAUUUAAGAUAUUAGUAUACAGCAGUAAAACCCUAAUUGUAGAUAUCAUAACAGUACAUUAUUCAACUCAUUGAUUGAAUUAAAGUAUCGUUUUGAAAUAAGUUGUACAUCUA